AUGAAAUUAAAAUUAUUUUCAUUUAUAAUAUUAUUAUUAUUAUUAUUUAAUAAUAUUAAUUUAAGUAAAAGUGAAACGAUUUUAUUAUAUGCUGAUAAAUGUACAAAUUUUGGAUGUGCAUUCUCAAAUUUAUUUUCAAAGGUUCCAUCAAUUUUGGAUGAUGUAAUUGUAAAGACCAAUAGUACAGCGAUUCAAGCAAUUAUUACAUUAACCGAAUCAAUGUCAAUAAAAAGUUUAAAUAUUUCAAAUGGUAUACUUAAAGUUGGAUUAGGUGGUUCAUUAACAGUUUCAAAUAAUAUUUUAGUACAAGUUGGUAGUUCCUUAUCAAUUGAUGGUACAUCAACAUGUAAUUCAUUAAUAUUGAAUGGUGGUGGAUCAAUUAAUUUAAGUGGUACAUUAAAUGUAAAUACACAAUUAUCAUGCGAUGGUAUUGUUAAAGGUGGUGGAUCAAUUAAAAUCAAUGGUACACUUAAUGUUAAAUCAUUGAAUUUGGUUGGUGGUGGUCCAAUUCCAACAAUUUAUCAAAAUGGUAUAAUAAAUUUAAAUGGUAAUGCAAACUUUUCAAAUGGGUUAAUAUUGAAUGAUAAUUCCCAACUUUUAAUUAAAUCUGGUAUUUGCACAAUCGAUGGAGUAUUAACAACAACAACAAAUUCAAUAAUUCAUAAUUUAGCAACAUUAAAUAUUAUAAAUUCAAUUAAAGAUAUUAAAUGUGGUAUUAAAUUUGAUAAAAAUUCAAUUACAAAUUUAAUUGCAAGUAAAUGUAAUAUUUAUAAUAUUGUAUUGAUAACAUCAACAUCAACAAUAAACGUACAAUCAUCAUCAUCAUUAUCGAUUUUAAAUCAACAAAGUUCAUUAAUUACAUUUGGUGGUCCAAUUAAUGUUGAUUCAACAUCAUCAAUAACAUUUGAUAAUUCAAAUUGUUUAUUAACAAGUAAAUCAUUAUCAUUGGUUAAAGGUUCAUUAAUUAAUGUAAAUAAUAAUUCAUCAGUUACCAUUGGUGUUGGUAUUGAAUUAUUAAAUGAUUUUAGUAUUGAUAUUAAUUCAAGAUUAAUCAUUGAAUCAAGUUCAACCAAUUCAUUCAUUGGUUCGGUUAAAUGCUCAAUUGGUUCAAUUGUAAAGGUAGUUGAUAGUAUUGUUAAUUUUAAAUCACCAAUUGUAAUUGAUACUUUAUUAAUUGAUAAUAGUAAAUCAAGUUUAAUUAAUAUUAUUUCAAAUGUUACAAUUACCAAUGGUAUUGAAAGUUUAGCACCUCUAUCAAAGAUUUCAAUUGAUCCAGUAAUUGGUAUACUUAAUAUUGGUGGUAAUUCAGUGAUUGGUAAUGUUUUAAAUUUAAGUGGUACUUCACAAUUUAAUUUAAUUAAUAAAGCAAAUUGUAUAAUUAGUGGUUUAGUUCCAAUUGAACAAUCAAUGGUAAAUCUAUACCAAGGUUGUAAUCUAACAAUAACAACAUCAACUAAUUUAACCAAUAAUUGUUUACAUUUACAUGGUGAUUCAAUUUUACAAAUUAAUGCAAAUGCAUUUAUCAAUGGUUUAAAAGUUUACCCAAUUUCUCAAUUACAAUUACCAUCUUUGUUUCUAAAAAAUUCAAAUUGUAAUUUACUUGAAUCAAUUGAUAAAUUAGGUACAAUUAAUUUAAUUAAAUCUGUAUUAUCAUUAAAUGAUAAACUUGUUUUAAAUAUUAAUAAUAAUUUAAUAACUGAUAAAUUUUCAAAUAUUAUUUUACCAAUAAAUUCAAAUUUAAUAAUUAGUGGUCCAAAUUCAAUAAUUUCAAAUCAAUUAUCAAUUGAUGGUAAAUUAAAUAUUGAAUCUGGUUCUAUAUCAUUUAAUGGUGGUAUAAACUCUAGUGUUAAUUCAUUUUUAUUUUGUAAUAAUGCAAAAGUUUCAAUUGGUGCAUCAUCAAAUUUUAAUGGCCCAUUCUCUAUAACUGGUUCAAGUGGUUCAAUUUCAAUUUCUGAUGGUAUCAUUAAUUUCUAUCAAGGUAUUCAAAUUCCAACAACUAAAUGUCCAUUUAACAUUUUAAAAUCAUCAACUUGUAAUAUUCAUUCAACAAGUUUAAUUAGUUCGCCAGUUUAUUGUUUAAAUGAUUCAACUUUAAAUAUUAUUUCAACCAUUAAUAAUAAUAAUAAUAAUAAUAAUAAUAAAUUAGAAAAUAUUAUACAAUUUGAAGGUGGUUUAUUCACUGAUAUCAAUUCAAUGUUUAUAAUUGAUAAUUCAAUUAUAUCAUUAAAUUCAACUUCAAUAAUUUCAGGUUUAGUAAUGUUAAAUGAAUCACAAUUGGUUUCAUGUGGUCAAACUACUUUCCAAAAUGGUAUUGAUUCAAUUAUUAAUGGUAAAGAAGGUAAUAAUACAUUAUUGGUUAAUAGUGGUUAUUGUUUAAUAAAUACAACUAAUUCAAUUGAAUUAUCAGGUUCAAUUAAUAUCAUGGAGAAAGCAUUCCUAUCAAUUAGAUCACCAAAUACAACUUGUUAUAAAGGUAUUAGAAAUUCUGGUUCUCUAUUAAUUGGUUCAAUUGUUAAUUUAAAGAAUUCAAUGAUUAAUCAAUUAAAUGGUGAUUCAAGUUUAGAAUUAUUACAAGGUAGUAAUUUAAUAACAGUUGGUGCAAAUUUCGCUUCUGGUAUUGUUAGUGGUAUUGGUAAAAUUACAAUUAUAAACUCCACCAAUAAUAAUAAUAAUAAUAAUAAUAAUAAUAAUAAUAAUUCAUCAUCAUCAGAAUCAAAUUCAAUUGGUAAAUGUGAAAGUGGUGGUAUUUUAAGUGGUUGGAUUACAAUUGAUGGACAACUUAAAUUAUUGGAAAGUUCAGUGAUAAGAGUUAAUAUUGUUAGUAGUACAAAUGUUUCAAAAAUCAUUUGUACUGGAUCAACAAUUAUCAAUGGUUUAAUUGAUGUUUUAUUUGACACUGAUACUGUUGAAGAAACUUUAACUAAAGGAAUGGUUUUCCCAGUUUUAUCUUCAUCAAUUUCAAUAACAGGUAAUUUAUCAUUAUCUGAUACAUUGGAUUCAAAACAAUUCUCAUGUAAACCACAACAACAACAACAAUCAUCCUCCUCCUCAAGUACUGGAUCAGAAUAUAGUUUAGUUUAUCAACAAACUAACGUACCAUCAAACAAAAUUACCUCUACAGAAGAUUCAACAAAUUCUUCAAAAUCAAUUUAUAAUUUUACUUUUUAUUUAUUAUUAAUUUCAUUAUUAAUUUCAUUAUUUUAA